CUCGAAAUCAGUCGCCGGCGUGCUUUGCGACAUGGAGAGGUGCACGAUACGCGUCUUUGAUCCUGACUGACACAUAUACACUGAUAUCUUCUCUCGCCACAUCUAUUCCAUAUCACGACAGCAAAUAUGUCAGAGACAGCAGCAACCCAAUCAGCGCCGGUCGAGUCGAAGAAGGUGUGGACUACGUUGAUCACCAACACGGCCUAUCUGACUGGCCUCCUCACCCUCGACUACAGCCUGAAGAAGCACGGCAGCAAGUACCCCCUCGUCGCGCUCUACACCGACACCUUCCCCGCCGAGGGCCACGCUGCCCUGGAUGCGCGUGGCAUUGCCAAAGAGCACGUCAAGUACCUGCUGCCCAAGGUCUCGAAGGACUACGCGAACGACCCGCGCUUCUACGACUGCUGGAGCAAACUGACGCCUUUCUCGCUCGAGCACUAUGACCGCGUCGUGCAGCUGGACAGCGACAUGUUGGUCCUUCACAACAUGGAUGAACUGAUGGAGAUGGAGCUCGACCCGCCGAGCGCUGCCGGUAAGGGCAACAAGGUCUUCGCCGCGAGUCAUGCCUGCGUGUGCAACCCGUUGAAGAAGCCACACUAUCCCAAGGAUUGGGUACCAGAGAAUUGCGCCUUCACCUCCCAGCAUGGCGACCCUGAGAAGGCACAGACUGUCGGCGCAGGGCCUGCCGCUGGUCUCGGCAUGCCCAAUGGUGGUUUGCAAGUCGUGAACCCCAGCAAGGCUGUGUACAACCUCAUCCUCGACCAACUUGCCAAUGAGUCAUCGAUGAACUACGACUUCGCCGACCAAUCGCUGCUGAGCGAUGUGUUUUGGGGACGAUGGGUUGCGUUGCCGUACAUCUACAAUGCACUGAAGACAAUGAAGACUGAGGGUGUCCACCACCAGAUCUGGCAGGACGACAAGGUCAAGAACAUCCACUACAUCCUCAGUCCCAAGCCCUGGGACGAAGCUCCUGAAAAGAGCAGCUAUGAGAACCACAAGUGGUGGUGGGAUGUUAACAACGAGAGGCUGAAGGCUGAGAAGAAGGAGGGAUUAGAGGAUGGAUUCUAGAUAUGAACACUGAUAAGGUCUGCUGUUGUUGCGUGGAGCAAGCUAAAAUUCUAGAUAUAGAGCAUGGUGUUGGCGGAAGAAUUGAAUCAUAGAAGAUGAGAA